GCUUUCGUCGGCAGCUCGGAAACUGUCUGGUGGUUAUUGAAGUGAAGUGCAGCAGCCAAGUGCAAGUCUGUGAUCGCGAAAAAUCCUUCCCAAAACUAGCCUGGACCGGUGGACAAGCAAGGCAGACGUCCGACAAAACAAACAGUAUUGUCCGGCUGUGGUUCGGCACCAAGGAAAAGCAGACCCUUUCGCUCCAUCCCCUCGAUUUGGUGGCGUGUGCGUGUUCUUUUUUAGUUCGUAAUUAGUGCCCUGGUUAAGUUUCCUCCAUCGGAGUGACUAUCCGGUCAAGAUGAAUCCGCUGAGUAGUGCAAAGCUAACGAUAUUCAGUUAUUUGAUGGUUGCAUAUCUAUUCUACAACCCAACCGACAGCGGAGCGGUGCAACUCAAUAGCGAGAAUCUGGAUAUGACUUUAGCAUCUAAUGAGUUAGUAUUUAUGAAUUUCUACGCCGAGUGGUGUAGAUUCAGCAACAUUCUGCAGCCAAUCUUCGAUGAAGCGGCAGAUAAGGUUAAGGAAGCAUUCCCCGAUGGCGGUCGGGUCGUGAUGGGAAAGGUCGAUUGCGAUCGGGAAUCGGCAGUCGCAUCUCGGUUUCACAUUUCCAAGUACCCGACGCUAAAAAUCAUCCGAAAUGGGCAGCCGACGAAGCGGGAGUACCGAGGUGCGCGAACGGUGGAAGCCUUUACCGAGUUUGUCAAGAAACAGCUGGAGGAUCCGAUCAAGGAGUUCCAUCAUCUGAAGGAUCUGGAGAAGUUGGACACCAAGAAGCGGGUAGUGGUCGGGUACUUUGAUCGACGGGAUAUGCCGGAGUACAACACCUUCCGACGGGUGGCCACGAAUCUGAAGGAGGACUGUGUGUUCCAAGCCGGUUUCGGCGACACCGUCUCCGCCAUGCACCCACCAGGACACCCCAUCAUCGUGUUCCGACCGGAUGUGGCCGUUUCCGAUGCGAACGACGAAACGUUCCUUGGAAAUCUGAACAACUUUGACGAGCUGAACAUCUGGGUUCAGGAAAAGUGCGUCCCGCUUGUGCGUGAAAUUACCUUCGAAAAUGCCGAAGAACUGACGGAGGAAGGGCUACCGUUCCUGAUUCUGUUCCACGCCACCGAUGAUUUCCAAUCGAUCAAGGACUACAAGACGGUGAUCGAGACGCAGUUGCUAUCGGAGAAACAAAACAUCAAUUUCCUGACGGCCGAUGGAAAGCGGUUUGCUCACCCGCUGCAUCAUCUUGGCAAAAGCCAAUCGGACCUGCCGCUGAUAGCGAUUGACUCUUUCCGGCAUAUGUACCUGUUCCCCAGCUUCAAGGAUAUGUACGCUCCAGGCAAGCUGAAGCAGUUUCUGAGUGAUCUCUACAGCGGAAAACUCCAUCGCGAAUUCCAUUACGGCCCGGACCGGAACGACGACAACACGAUCGAAGUGGUGAUGAUAAAUGGGGACACGAAGAGAGGUACCUCGCCACCGGAGUCGACCUUCAAGAAUCUGGGACCGUCGAAUAAGCGGUACACGCUGCUCAAGGAUGAACUGUAAAUAGGAAAAAAAUGGCACAACAAAACCGACAAAGGGAUGUAAACCUCGAUUUCCAUAUUUUUGGAACAGUUCAGAUAAUCUUCUCUUUAUCUACAACAUCCGUUUAAAAUUUGCAUCCUUUUUUUUUGUAUUGAUCCCUCAAUCAACCCAACCUACUAGUGAGAAAAAUGAAAAUUUAACCCUAAUUUUUAUCUGUCCUAAAACCUAUUUUUACAACCGUUUUUCUGUUGCACCAAAAUUCUUUGUGUGUAAACGAGAAACCUUUCUCGCCUAGGGCUUACUAUUACGCACUAGUGAUAUGAACUAAACAUAGAAACCGUGAACACUAACACACAUACCUAUUAGGAGAGACAUUCUAAAAGUUGCAACAGGUUUGAUAAUUCUUAAAACGGAUAACCGAGUGAAUGCGAAAGCGCGAGACAAUGUGUGUGACUGAUUGCUGCUGGUGAGUAGGUCUUGAGGUUUUGUUUAGAACCAUUCUGGUUGCUUGCAGUACCGUUUGUAGUAGUGUUCGGCAUUUUCUCUUCGCCUAAAUUUAUCCAAUUUGAUUCAAUAGGAAGCGCAGCAGUGCAGGCAGAGACGGUGGAUCCCGGCUAGCUGUCGGAACGAACAGUGAUACUUAGUUACACAUUUUAUACGGUACGAAUUGAGUUAGGAAAAGAUAAACUAAACUAAUUUAUGUCAAUCAGAAA